AUGCCAUGGAUACAACUAGGGAACUUUGAGACUGCCUCGUCCAAGACGCCGCCACCGAGACCAUAUCCUGCACAAAGCCAGCCAGCGGAGCGCGCAGCUGCAAGGUUUGGGGUACACGGAAAUGCAAUUUCUCGAGCUUUACUUGAACAUGGUCUCACUGGGCUCGCGUUAUUUGACCUACCGAGCGCUAUAGAAAAGAGCGAAAAUGCCAUCGAAGCACUACAAACCGAGUUUCCGUCAACGAAAAUCAUCACGCAAGCCUGCGACGUGACGGACGAGAAAGGUAUGAUAGAGGCGACUCGAUCUGCAAAGGCGCAAUUGGGUGAAAUCAAUAUUCUAUGCUGCUUUGCGGGGAUGGUUGGCGUUGUUCCUUCCGCGGAGCAGUCUGUAAAUCAUUGGAGGAAGAUAAUCGACGUCAAUACGACUGGUUGCUGGAUUGCUGCACAAGCGGUUGGGCGAGAGAUGAUUGCUAGCAAACAUGGAGGGAAAAUCAUCUUCAUCGCAUCGAUCUCCGGUCACCGCGUCAAUUACCCGCAGCCACAGGCCGCGUAUAACACCUCAAAAGCCGCAUUGCUACAUAUGAAAAACAGUCUGGCUGCGGAGUGGACGCGUUAUGGGAUCCACGUCAAUACCAUUUCGCCGGGUUAUAUGGACACGGUUCUCAAUGAGGGCGAUGACUUGGCGCCUUGGAGGCAGAUCUGGGCGGAACGAAAUCCGAUGCGUCGUAUGGGGUCGCCGGAGGAGCUUACGGGGCCUGUCAUUCUGUUAUGUAGCGAUAUUGGCGGAAGUUAUAUCAAUGGCGCGGAUAUCGUGGUUGAUGGAGGUGGUUUGGUUUUCUGA